AUGUCGCCAAGGAGACUGUCCGUUGACGACGUGUUGAAAGUUUGUAGGAAAAUGUGCUGCUCUCUCUUAGUGUCUAAAGGCUUCCUGGUAGGCUUUCUGCUGGGCAUAGUAGCAACCCACUUAUCGGCAAUGGUAUCAUUUCAAGUGAAUCCCCAAUUAUUUGCUACUGAAACUACCUCUGAACUGGAACAGCUAAAAACCAAUGUUGAAACUAAAACAUCAACAACAACAACCGUUAAAACAACAACAACGACCGUUAAAACAACAACUACAACUGCCUUACCUACGUUGCUGAAACGACGCGAUCGUAUUCUUUGUUGGGUGGCUACCUCACCCAAAACCCAUUCGAGAGCAAGUUUGGUCAAAGAAACUUGGGGAAAACGUUGUGAUAAAUUACUGUUCAUGAGCUCCAAACAAGAUGUUAUACUACCGGACGCCAUUGUUCUACCAGUGAAUGACACGUAUGCCAAUCUAUGGGGUAAAACUCAAGAAGCAGUCAAAUACAUUUAUCGUCAUCAUUUGGAGGAAUUUGAUUGGUUCUACAAAGCUGACGAUGAUACGUACGCGGUGAUUGAAAAUUUGCGUCAUUUGCUUUUACCUUUCAACGCAUCCGCGCCACUUCAUCUCGGCUUCAAAUACAGAAACCCAGAAGUCAAACAAGGUUUCCAUUCGGGUGGUCCGGGCUACGUUUUAUCGCGAGAAGCUGUCCGUCGAUUUGUUGAAGUCGGGCUUCAUUUCAAUGAGAAUUUAAGUAGCACGCUGGAUGUUAAUUUACAAAAUGGAACUAUGGUCAAUAUUACUAAGGCUAACAUCAGUGAUCACAACCUGUGUGAACCUGGACCCAAAGGACUUGAAGACUUCAAUAUGGGAAAAUGCAUGGAUAAGUUGAACGUGACAGCAGGUGAUUCAAGGGAUGAUGACAACAUUGAGCGUUUCUUGCCCUGGAGGCUGGAAGAUAUGAUUUGUGGCCAUCUUAAGUUUAAGGGUAGCUGGUUUCUUCGAGACUGGUCAUUUUAUCCCCUCAAAAAGGUUAGUUUCCUGUUCAUCAAGAACUUGUGCAUAAGGCUGGGAGUUUUAGCACAAUUUUACACCCCUGUAAAAAUAAAAACAAUUAUGGCAGGAACUACAGUGUGUAAUGCCUUUUAAACAUCCAUCUAACCUGAUGGGCUAACUUGUGAUUCCCAUACUUAACGCUUGAAUAAUUUAUAGGAUUUUUUUGUGUGGCGCCAUGGACAUGGUGUUCUCUUAAUAGAUGGCAGACAUUAUUGUUAAACACCUGUAGAAAUAAUAACACAUUGUCUUUUGUGUGUUUGAAAAGGACAUGGAAUGCUGUUCCCCUUAUGCCGUCUCAUUCCACUAUGUCAAGGAUUAUCAACUCAAAGUCUACGAGUACCUCAUCUAUAGAUUACGUCUUCAUCACUAGUCGACUUGUUACUAAUCGACGUCACGUUUUACUUUUUAUCGUUGUACAGAACACAAUCAAUUAAUGCAGUGAAUAAACUCUAUUCUAAAUUC